UUUGUAAUGGGAAGUCUGAGCUGGUCCUGGAUCCUGUGGUAUUUCUGUACUGCAGCAAUGAGCUCUGUGGCGACAGACAAGGUUGCAGGAAAGCUGAGCUCUACUCUCUCAUGGGUGAAGAACACUGUAUCGCACACCGUCAGUCAAAUGGCCAGUCAGGUGGCAAGUCCAUCUACGUCAUUACACACUACAUCCUCCUCUACCACUCUGUCUACACCCGCGUUAUCACCAUCCUCACCAACACAGCUGAGUCCAGACGACUUAGAAUUGCUCGCUAAACUUGAGGAACAGAACAGACUGUUGGAAACAGAUAGCAAAUCCUUACGAUCUGUAAAUGGGUCAAGAAGAAAUAGUGGAUCUUCUCUUGUAUCUAGUUCAUCAGCUUCUAGCAAUCUCAGCCAUCUUGAAGAAGACUCAUGGAUCCUGUGGGGAAGGAUUGUGAAUGAAUGGGAAGAUGUACGGAAAAAGAAAGAAAAGCAAGUUAAGGAGCUUGUUCGAAAAGGGAUACCUCAUCAUUUCAGAGCAAUUGUUUGGCAGCUUUUAUGCAGUGCUCAAAGCAUGCCAAUUAAGGAUCAGUAUUCAGAGCUUUUGAAAAUGACAUCUCCUUGUGAGAAAUUAAUAAGAAGGGACAUUGCUAGAACAUACCCUGAACAUGAUUUUUUUAAAGAAAAAGACAGCCUUGGACAGGAGGUCUUGUUCAAUGUGAUGAAGGCUUAUUCUUUGGUGGAUCGUGAGGUUGGAUACUGUCAAGGAAGUGCUUUUAUAGUUGGAUUACUGCUUAUGCAGAUGCCAGAAGAAGAGGCAUUCUGUGUGUUUGUUAAAUUAAUGCAAGAUUACAGACUACGAGAACUCUUUAAACCAAGCAUGGCUGAACUGGGCCUUUGUAUGUACCAGUUUGAAUGCAUGAUACAGGAGCAUCUUCCAGAGCUUUAUGUGCACUUUCAGUCUCAGAGCUUCCAUACUUCUAUGUAUGCAUCAUCAUGGUUUUUAACUAUAUUCCUUACAACUUUUCCACUACCAAUUGCAACGAGAAUAUUUGAUAUCUUCAUGUCUGAGGGUUUAGAGAUAGUAUUUCGAGUAGGUUUAGCAGUACUCCAGAUGAACCAAGCAGAAUUACUGCAACUUGACAUGGAAGGAAUGUUACAGCACUUUCAAAAGGUCAUUCCACAUCAGUUUGACAAUGGUCCAGACAAAUUAAUCCAAGCAUCUUACCAAGUCAAAUACAAUGCAAAAAAGAUGAAAAAGUUAGAAAAGGAAUACACUACAAUAAAGACAAAAGAAAUGGAAGAACAAGUUGAAAUUAAAAGGUUACGAACUGAAAAUAGACUCCUAAAACAGCGCAUUGAAACGUUAGAAAAAGAAAGUGCUUCCUUGGCAGAUAGAUUGAUACAGGGACAAGUGACAAGGGCCCAGGAGGCUGAGGAAAACUACCUCAUAAAACGGGAGCUGGCCACCAUCAAACAGCAGAGUGAUGAGGCCAUUACUAAACUGGAGCAAGCUGAGAAUACCAUCAGGGAGCUCCAGCAGCAGCAGCAAUGGCAUAAAUGCAGUUCACAAUACAGUGAAGACUUUGUGCUACAGCUGGAAAAAGAGCUGGUCCAAGCCAGGCUGAGUGAAGCAGAAUCCCAUUGUGCCCUGAAGGACAUGCAAGAUAAAGUUCUAGAGAUGGAAAAGAGGAACAGCUCACUCCCUGAUGAGGAAAAUGUUGCUAGACUACAAGAAGAACUGAUUGCAGUAAAAUUAAGAGAAGCAGAAGCUCUGAUGGGUCUCAAAGAACUAAGGCAGCAAGUCAAGGACUUGGAGGAACAUUGGCAGCGUCAUCUAGCUCGUACCACUGGAAGAUGGAAAGAUCCUCCCAGAAAAAACACAGUGAAUGAGCUACAGGAUGAGCUGAUGACAGUUCGAUUGAGAGAAGCAGAAACUCAGGCUGAACUGAAAGAGACCAAACAACGAAUGAUGGAGAUGGAAACACAGAAUCAGAUCAAUAGUAACCAUUUACGAAGGGCAGAACAAGAGGUUACCAACCUACAGGGGAAGGUACAGUACCUUUCUGCACAGAACAAAGGACUUCUUGCUCAGUUGAAUGAAGCAAAACGUAGACAAGCAGAGAUUGAAUGCAAGAGUAAAGAAGAAGUGAUGGCAGUACGGCUCCGUGAGGCAGACCGCAUUGCAGCUGUAGCUGAACUCCAACAGCAUAUUGCUGAAUUAGAAAUCCAGAAAGAAGAAGGAAAAAUUCAAGGGCAGCUUAAUAAAUCUGAUUCUAACCAGUACAUCAGAGAACUGAAAGAUCAGAUAGCUGAGCUGCAUCAUGAGUCAGCAUCAGCUCUUUUUGCAUGUUCAAAUAAAACACUGAUGGCAAGAAUCUCAAGAAGUCUCUCUUAAAAAGGUGACAGAUGGGCUUCAGUGUGAAUAAGGUAAUUAUGAAUAAGGUAAUUCAUCAACUGCAAAAUCUAAGCCAUACCUACACGAUGGCAAAUACAGAAUUGGUGGUUAAAAAUUAGGAAAGAUAUUUUCAAGUUGUCACUGAGAGUUUGACAUCAUUGGCUUACUGUGCCACAGCAGCCAAAACAGGUAAGACAUGUUGGGCAUCAGUAGGAAGUACAUUAAAACAAAAUAAGGGAGUUCAUACUGCCACUACAAAACCUUGGUGCAGGGCUGAUCUCUAUACCCGAAGAUGGAUGUAGAGAGUUUAAAGAAGGUCUGCAGGGAAGUUAAAGGGAAACUAAAAUGAUCCGUUCUCUUGAGCACUGCCUGUUUGUGAGAGACUAAAAAGGCUUGGGACUCAUCUAUCUUAGAAGGCUGAGAGGCAUUAGGAUGCAAGUUUUGGAAUCAUGACUGCAGAACUGCUUUUCACCACUUGUUCCUGCAUUAUUAGAAUUCAGGGGCAAUUCCUGAAACAAGUAGGAGAUUAGUUUAAAACAACUAAAGGAAUUUCUGGAACUUAAUGCCACAGGAAGCUGUGGAGGUAUACAGCAAAAUAAAAAAACAAAAAAAUCAUCAGUCAUGAACUAUGACUAUAAAUGGAUGCUGAAACAGCUAGGAAGAGAUGCACUCUCAUAUCUGCUACAACAGUUUCUGGACAAGUGAGUGGAGGCUUGGGAAUAUUAAGGGAAUGGAUUGCAAAAAGUGGUCAUAUUCACAUGCUUUCCCUUAAAAACAAAACAAUAUGAAAGUGCUGUUGCCACUGUUGGAGGCAGAAUAUUAGGUUGAUGGACCAUUGCCCUGAGUCAGUAGGACAUUUCUUUAUGUUCCCAUCUUGAAAAACAUACUGCCUUUUCUAUUAGAAGUGCAGAGCCUCACUUGCUAGACUGUGAAGUUAUGUGAGAGUACAAAACUUUUCAUUUUAAGAAACCUCUCUUUUAGAGCCUGAAGCUGGCAUUAGCCACUGGUAUCUAACUGGAUUGGAGCACAUGCUGUCUACAAGUUGUUUCAAAUGCUUCAAGAAGCCUUACAAAGCCUUUCUGCUGCAACACAAAUUGCAGAUAAUCAGGCUCCUUCAGAAAUGAUCCCAAACAAGUAUUAGAUUGAGGUAUCUUAAUCUCUGAUACCACACAAAACUGAAAAUAGUGCACAGAUGUUCCCAACUUAUUCUGUUGGAUACUUUUAACUUCUUGAAGAUUAGUUGCUUCCAUCAAUGUUCAUGUUUAAAAAAAAUCUAAGAUGCGAAUCAGAUUCUACUGUCAGUUGAAAAAGAAUUUGCUUUAAGUUAUUCUCAAGAUUAAAGUGACAGAUUUCAAAUUGUAAAAUAAAAGUAACAUGCUGUUGAAGACUAGGUUUUGGUGAUAAAUUAAUGUAUUGACAUUUAAUAUAAAGGCAUUUGGAUUCAAAUGACAGCACUUACAUUUUUAAGUGCAGUAAUUUUGGUAGGUACAAAGUAAUUAAAUUUCUCAAACUCAAAAUGGCUGCCAUAAGAACAGUAAUAUACAUCCCACUGCCCAUGAUUUUCAUGCCAUCUCACUGAAUUGUAAUAUGCCUUUCUGCUUGGAAGGGACCCUGGGAGGCCUCUAGUCCAACCUCCUGUUCAAAGAAGGAUCAAUACUGAAUUCAAAGCAGGUUGCUUAGGGCUUUGUCAGUUGGGCACUGAAACCCACUGAGUAGGGAGAGUCUAUGAACAAAUCUAAUUCUACUCUGUUCUAAUUCUUAAAUAGAUUAUUUCUUAAAUUGAUUAAUUCUCAAAUUGAUUAUUUUCCCUUCAUAUUCAAACACAGCCUUGUGUUUUAUCUUAUAAUCAAUGUCUCUUUUCCCACCAUGCAUUUCAGUAAAGAACUAGUUCUCUGUUAUCUUAAGGCAUAAGCUCCUGUCCGUUAACCGUCUUGGUGUCUUUGUAGUGAAAUCUACUCCUGAAUAUCUUGUACUGAAGAAGGAGUGAGGUAGCAAGUGCAGAAUAGGACAGAUGCAGUCUAACAAGUGCUGGAUAAUCAGUUCGCCUGAGGUACUGGCUAUGCCCUUGCCAAUACAGCCUAGUAAGCUGUUAGCCUUUAUCACUGCUCAGGGACACUCCUGAUUCAUGUUUAGCCUCCCCUGUGUCAGGACUGCCAUGUCGUCUUCAGCAGUGUUGCUACCCAGCCUGGCAAUCCCCGUAAUAUGAAUAAAUACCGUGCUACAGUGUCUGUGCUUCUGGCUGAGAUGGCCAUUUUUCAAGCAGAGAAGUUACAGAACUGUAUGACGAUCAAUAGACUUGUCACAUAUAUUCUCUACGGUAUGUUCCUAUUUCUUCCUAGCAGUCUGGUUCCUUUUGUAUGUGAGGAGUACUUGAGAAAAAGGGCAGGCAAGUGUAAAGCUGCAGGUCAAAAGAAGUGUUUCUGGAAGAUCACAGAUUGUGCAUCCUUUCAUUAGAGUAACAAAAGAUGACAACACACUGUUUUUCCAGACUCACUUUUGGAAUUGGCAAAGUCUGUGUCUAGUCAUGAUUUUUUCACCAACAGCAAUUUCCACAGACUCUCAUUUGGUGUUUGGAAAGGCUACUGCCUAAAACCCUGAAGCCAUGAUUUUGUCAUGUUACCUAAAUAUAUAUCUAAUGGUAUCACACGUUGAAGUCUUCAGGAAAACAGUUGAGGUCACUGGCCUGACUUUCUGAAUGUUCAAAACAACUAACAAUAAACAUCAGCUUUACAAUGUCAAGUGAACCAGUGGCUUAGCUGUGCAGCCCUAAAAGCAUAUAAUAUCUUUAAUAUGAGAUUUGUAGUCACUUGUACAGUGGAGCUUUUUUUCUGUGGUGAGGGUGGAGAGAAAUUGUUGGGUUUCAUUUUGUUUUUCUGUUUUCUUAGUGGCUAAAAUUGAUAGCUGUUUUGGAAACUUCAUGUGGCAGUUAAUCUGAUCAUAUUGCAGGAUAUUUUUAGGGGUAAUAUUUCUAAAUAACACAAGAAUCUCUGUAUCAGGCUUUCUGUAUCUAGGUAUAUAAGCUAGUAAAAAUUAUUUAUUCCUGAUACAUGUUACUGUCCAGUAAUUAAUAUUUGGCAUAAGCUGAUUUUGCUUACAUCAUGAAUUAUGGUGUGCAAGUGUGGAACUUUUUGUUUUGCUUGCCUUUACACGAGCAAGUUCCUCAUGAAACAACUGCAGUCUAUGUGUAUGUGAAGAAAAUGCAAAAAACUGACAUUAGUACGUGUAGUUACAACCAAGGUGUAGAUCUACAGCAUGCACCCAUAUUACUAAUGGACAUUUUGAUAUACAUUAGAAGCUGGAGCUUUAACAUGCUGUUAACAUCCAAUUUGAUGGCUUCUAGCAUGACUGACUCUUCUGACCUUUUUUCAACAUCUUUUAUUCUCACCUUUUGCACAAGACCAUG